UCCGAAUAAAUACAGUAGAAGUCCACAUCAACGAACAAUCGGAUCGCGCUUUGAAAAUAAUGCGUGAGAGUAGUACAUCCGAUUGUUCAUUGAUGUGGCAUCUACUGUACUAGUGGUGGUGUUUUGAAAAAGAGAAGUUUCAAGUCAUCAUUGGGGACGACGUGCUGUGAGAGGUUCUGUGGAGCUGAAUUUGGUCAAUUAGUGUGAAUUUUGUGUGUCUAGGAUGGAUAGUAAGUUUCCCCUUCAUGCCCUUGUGCCGAAGAAUGAAACAGGAGCGGCCAAUUUCUUGGCCAAGUAUCCCGAAUUCAACGGGCAGGACGUGACUAUUGCAAUCUUCGAUUCAGGUGUUGAUCCACGAGCUACUGGCCUGCAGGUAACUCCUGGAAAGGAGACCAAGGUGAUCGAGAGAUUCGACUGCAGCGGGACCGGUGAUGUGGAUAUGACAAAGAAAGUCACGGCAAAUCAGGCCGGGGUCAUUGUGGGUCUCUCCGGGAGGAAUCUCAAGGUGUCAUCGCUCAUGAAGAAGGUCAAUGCGAAUGGAGACAAGUUCCGGGUGGGCUUAAAGAGUCUCUACGACUUGUACCCCACAAAAAUCCGCGAGAAGAUUAUUGCUGAGAAUAAAGUGAAGCACUGGGAUGAGCCCCAUAAGAAAUCCGUGGCGGAGGUUUGCAGGAAAUUGGAGGAAUUUGAUCAGAGUCAUCAGCCGGGCGCCAACAAUCUCUCAUACCGCGAAAAGCUACAGAAGGAGAAUCUGGACGCAUCGCUGGAGAUGCUGAAUUUCUGUGAGAAGAAAUUCACAGAAUUCAAGACAACCUACGAUUGCAUCCUGCUGGCCACUGAUAAGGGAUGGAUGGCUGUCAUUGAUACAACGGAAACGGGUGAUUUGGAGAAUGCCAUCCAUAUCCGGGAGUACAGCGGAAACUACGAUGUUCAAGUCAUUAACGAUUAUCUCUCUAUCUCGGUAAACGUCCACAAUGAUGGAGAUAUUUUGGAAAUUGUGGGAAUGUGCUCUAGUCAUGGAACGCAUGUGUCAGCAAUUGCGGCUGGCUAUCAGCCGGACAAUCGGGAAUUGGAUGGUGUAGCGCCUGGAGCGAAGAUUGUCUCCCUGACAAUUGGGGAUGGACGCUUGGGCUCAAUGGAGACGGGAACGGCGAUUGUGCGUGCCAUAAUAAAGGUGAUGGAGCUGUGUGAUGCCGGACGGAGGAUCGAUGUGAUCAACAUGAGUUACGGUGAGCAUGCUCACUGGUCCAAUGCUGGACGCAUUGGGGAGCUCAUGAGUGAGGUGGUGAAUAAGUAUGGGGUUGUGUGGGUGGCCUCUGCGGGCAAUCAUGGGCCAGCACUCUGCACAAUUGGCACUCCACCGGACAUCUGUCAGCCGUGCUGUGUGGGCGUUGGGGCGUACGUGUCGCCGGAAAUGAUGGAAGCUGAGUACGUGCUGCGUGCCAAGUAUGCCGACGUGUACACGUGGACAUCUCGUGAUCCUUGCAUCGACGGGGGUGCAGGAGUGACAAUUUGCGCUCCCGGAGCUGCCAUAGCUUCCGUGCCGGAAUUCACACUAUCACGGGCGCAACUGAUGAAUGGCACGAGUAUGGCAGCACCACAUGUAGCGGGCUCUGUGGCGCUCCUCAUAAGUGGGCUGAAGAAGCGAAAGAUCCCCUAUUCCCCGUACAGCAUAAAGAGAGCCCUAACAAACACUGCCACAAAGCUCAAGACGGUGGAUCCUUUCGCUCAGGGGAGUGGUUUGCUCAAUGUUGAACGAGCUUUUGACCAUUUGGUGGACAAUGCAAAAGAACCCGAAGUUUCUGUGCGAUUUGGGAUUAGUGUAUCCAAUGGUGGAGCCAAGGGGAUCCACAUCCGUCAUGGGGUGCUCACAAAACCCGAGGAGUUCUCCGUGAACGUCGAGCCUGUCUUCUUCAAUGAAAAAGAUACGCCUCCCAAGGAGAAGAUCAACUUCAAUAUUCGGCUAAUUCUCACGCCCUCGAAUGAGUGGGUGCAGUGUGGGAAGUUCUUGGAUCUCUGCUACUCUGCCAGAUCAUUCUUCGUGCGUAUUGAUCCCACGGGAUUGCAGCCGGGAGUUCAUCAAUCAAGCAUUAGAGCGUACGAUACGAAGAAUGUGGACAAAGGGCCGGUAUUUGAGGUGCCAAUCACGGUGGUGCAGCCGAAUGUUGUUGGUGCGGAGCAGCUAUUUGUGCACCGUAUCCAGCAGCAAGUGUACCUCCCAAAUACAAUUGUACGUCAAUUCCUCAAUGUACCACGAUAUGCAACGUGGGCUGUGCUGAAGCUCAGGGCUGACGAUGCAAAUGGGGGUAAAUUCCUUGUGCACACAAUGCAAGUUUUACCCUCAAAGUACUGCAAAGCGCUGGAGACGCACAAAAUUGUCGCUGUCUCCAAUGAAUGCGACACCCUUGUACCCUUUAAGUGUGAAGGUGACAACAUCCUUGAGGUUUGCAUUGCAAAAUACUGGUCCAAUUUAGGGCAGACAUCCAUCAUGGCAUCUGUGGAGUUUCACGGAGUCUUCUCACCGAAUGGAUGUACAACAAUGCAUGCAGCAAAUGGGAUUCACCGAAUUGAUAUGCGGGCUCUACGUACGGAAGAAGUACUCCCGUCAAUUUCACUAAAGAAUGCCGUUGUGGUGCUGAGACCGACGGAAUCGUCAAUCACACCGCUAACAAAUCGCGAUGUGCUACCGCCGAGUCGACAAAUCUAUCAGAAUGUCCUGACGUACAGCUUAAAUUUGGCCAAACAUCAGGAAUUCUCGCUGCAUGCCCCCCUCUUCAGUAGUGUGCUGUACGAAUCGGAGUUUGAGUCGCAAUUUUGGAUGAUUUUCGACAAGAAUUGCAUGAUGGUUGGAUGCGGGGAUGCAUAUUCUCAUGGGAAUUUCAUCAAAUUGGAAAAAGGAGAGUACACCAUUCGACUGCAGAUUCGCCAUGAGAAGAAGGAACUUCUGGAGAAGGUAUCGGAGACAACAAUGAUUGCAACAUUCAAGUUGCAGUCUCCCAUUUAUUUGGACAUUUACAAGAGCUUCAGCGCAGCCAUGACGGGUGGGAAGAAAAUUGCUGCCUUCCAGUUGAGCAAUAAAUCCCCAAAACCAAUCUACGUGACCCCGCUCACGAAUGAAAAAGUCACAAAAGCAGGAUUGCCGAGUCAAUGUUCCUGGUUGGAUGGGACGGUGGUGUUUGCAAAGGAUGAGCACGGGCGGAAGGUGGAUACGGUGGUGUUUCAGUACAUUCUCAUUGAGGGGCAACCACUGAAGAAGGCCAAUGGGAUGGUGAAGGAGAACAAGGGGAAGUUGGAGGAGUACAAGGAGGGUCUUCGUGACUAUCAGAAUGGGAUGAUUCCGAAGCUUGAUCUCGCCGAUGCGGAGGAAAUUUAUCAGGAGUUAAUUGUGAGCAAUCCCAAGUAUCUUGCCGCCCAUGUUGCGUUAAUUCAGAACCUCGAAACGGGUGAGCCGAAAGCUCAAAUGCCGCAUGGCUACAUGGGGGCCCUGGAGAAGAUUGAGGACAAGAAGCCCCUCGAGACGACGCUCAAUCGUAUCAUUGAUUUGGCCGAUUUGGUCAUCAGGGAGACAGAUGUGGACGCCUUGCUCAGCUACUACGGUAUGAAGACGGACACAAGGGCAGAUGCAGCGAAGAUUAAGGCAAGUAUGGAUAAGCAAAAGGGCACCCUCUUGGAGGCGUACACGAAGAAGAUUAUUGCAAUGGGAAAGCUGCAUCUGCUGACCAUCACUGGGGUGGAUUUGGAUGAAGUUCUCACUGAGGCAGAUGAAGUCUUCACGGGGAUUGCCAAGUUUGGGGAUGUGAAUGACUCAAAGUACCUACCGGUGGGCAUUUGGCAUGCCUUCCUGCACAAACACUUUGGGCGCAUGAGUAAGUAUCUCCAUAAAUUGUACGAAGAGAAGCAACAGCGGGAGAUUCUCGAGGAGCAGCGUCGGGUGUUCCGGGAACUCAAAUGGGGGCAUGUUGAGAAGGUCAUGGACAGGAUUAUCGUUAAUGCUAAUCCACAAACCUACAGACUGUUCUAAAAAAACAAACAAAAAGCAUUUAAUUUUAUUCUUUUAAAAAUUCUUUCUCAUCGCGAAAAAUCUUUUUUCGUUGAAAUAUUUGAAUUGCAUUGAAAAUUAAAUAAAAUUGUAUUUAGUGGAGAAACAAUGAUUUAAUAAAAAUCAAUUGUGAAAAAAA